GAUUCGAGAGAGUUCUCGUUCAGCGCAAAUGUUUAUAAUUUUUCAAACAGUCAAAAAUAGUGCAUAGUAACUUCUACACACGAGGUGAGGAGCUUUGAAUAAUUACUGAUUUUUGUGGAAACUAGAACGCGUGCCUAUUGCCCAAAUAAGGAAUAAACUUGGGGAAACCUGACUACAACUAAUAGACAAUGGCCAGCGGAGGAGACCAUCCAGAUCAACCAAGGCAACCCCGUAAUUUACAGGGUUUGCUAAAAUUCGCCAUGGAAGCAACUCAGGCGGAGGAUGCUCCUCACGACUCACAUUUCGAGCCGAUGGACGAGGAGAGGCGUCGUUUUCUGGAGGAAGCCCUAAAAUCGCUCACCAUGGACGUAGUCAAAGAAAUCGAAAAAGCCAUGAAAACGCUGAUGGAUCCGGAUAGGGUUGAAGAAGAUAAAGCGGAUGCCAUUGAGAUAAUCAUCGAUUUCGUUCAGGAUAUUGAUGCUGCUAAUGAUUUCUACAAAGUGGGCGGAUUCGUCAUCAUUCAGCCAGGUCUCAAGUCCACCAAUUCCGACGUCCGCUGCGGAACGCUUCGGUUGAUUGCAGAGCUGGCUCAAAAUAACCCCUUCUGCCAGGAACAACUACUGCAAGCUAACAUUCUUCCACAAGUGGUUGAACUGCUGUCGGAUGAACCUCCGGUGGCCACUCAAGCCAUGCAUGCCAUUUCCUGUAUGGUGCGGCAUCAUGAGUCGUCACUGGCAGCUUUCAUUGACAUGGGAGGUUUAGAGUGCAUUCUCGGGUGCAUCCAAACCGACAACGAGAAGCUGCGCAUCAAGUCGUCGUUUCUUAUGUCUAACCUUUGCACGGAACAUACGGCCGUGCGGGACGAGUUUAUCAAACUAAAUGCUGUGGAGCGAGUGAUAGCGGCGGUCAGACCUUCCAAAGAAUUUGAGCCGAAGCUUGAAACUGCGUUGUCAACUUUGAAUGUACUGACGGAGUGCGAUGAAGGCGUUCAGAGGUGCCAGGAUUCUAGUUUAAAGUUGAAAGAAAAGUUAGAGCUGGUGCUCAAGUUGAACAACGGAAAAGAUGAGUGUUUGGAACAGAUCGAAUAUGCCAAAACGUUGCUAAACCGAUGUUUUACUGAUGAUAGCACUGGAACUGAUCGAUAACCCAAUAAAACAAUAAGGCAUAUUGUUCAGCAGUUUAAUAUGUCGAGUCGAUGACAGCCUAAGGGGAGGUGGGGUAAAAUUGACAGGGGUCCUGUUUGAGCUAAAUCGUUACAAUUUUGGCACUCUAUCGAGUGAAUCUUAUUGAUUGUUUCAAAUUAUGAGUACGACGUGUUUACAUAAUGAAAACUAUUCUGUUUAUCAAUGA